AUGUCGUCCAACCCCCGCUGGAUCCCUCUGGAGAGCAAUCCCGAUGUUAUGAAUUCGUGGGCGUACAAAGCUGGUCUACUUCCUAGCAGCGCGGAGUUCACUGAUGUGUAUGGCUUAGAUGAUGAGCUCCUCGCUCUAGUUCCCCAACCCGUUCACGCAGUGGUCUUGCUCUUCCCCAUCGAUGACGCACUCGAAUCAGUGAAGAAGCAAGAGGAUGAGAAGACCUACGAAGUUGACCCGACGGUGUUCUGGAUGAAGCAGACUAUCGGCAACGCAUGCGGAACGAUGGGUCUGAUUCACGCGCUUGCGAAUACCGAAGUCGCGUUUGAGCCUGAUUGCCCGAUGCAGCGUUUUCUCGAUGUGUGCAAGGAGAAAUCGCCAUUGGACCGCGCAAAGAUCCUGGAGACAACCGACAUCUUCGCCAACAUCCACGCUGAAGCCGCGGCAGGGGGACAAACCGCCGCGCCAUCCGCAGACGAGAAGGUCGACUUGCACUUCACCUGCUUUGUGAAGGCCCCGACUGUCGUGGAACGCGCAACACAGGCGCCCGCAGGGGAGUAUCGCUUAAUUGAGCUUGACGGGCGCAGGAGUGGACCGGUAGACCGUGGCGAGUGUACGGAUCUGUUGAAGGACGCGGCGCGGUAUAUCAGGGAGAAUAUCGUGCCGAAGAUGGAUAGCAUGCAGCUGGGCAUGAUUGCUCUGGCAGGACAUGAUGACGAUGAUUGA